UAAUACAUUUACAGUCGUUCAUGUUAAAAGAUAGAUAUGCUAUGUUGCUGAUAAAAAUAGCAACAUCUGCCUAAACUUGAGUAAUGAGAUGAUUUAAAAACUCACUCCUGUGCUCACCUAAUUGUCAUAUUGUGCAGUAGAAAAAAAAUGACACAUUGUGAUUUCUAUUUUAAAAUCAUGAGUUAAAGUUAUGAUAUUUCAUCCAACAUGUUAAGUCCCACGUGCUAAGAUUUGAAAUGUACUGCAUAACAGGAAUGACCCGGUCAUUUUUGCCUCUGCCAUCUUGACUCAGUGUGCAUGUAUGUCUGGGUAAUGUUCAGAGGAGCAGUGAUUGAAUAUCUAGAUAAAACUUCAAAGUAUCCAUGCAUUCUCUCUCUCUCUCUCUCUCUCUCUCUCUCUCUGUGGUAAUGAGGGGUCCAGGUGCAGCGUGCAGGUGGUCUAGAGAAAGAUUGUCUGGAAAGACAUUCUGUCUUUUCCUUUCUAUUCUUUUUGGGUGAAAAGUGUUCUUUCUCCAUCCAGAUGUGGCAGUAUUUUCUCACAGGCCUGCGGAGUGACCUUUGUGGCUCCGUUGCCCUCGCACAAGCCCGGCAGACCUUGGCCCAGGUGCUGUGUGAGACCCUUGAGGUCUUAGUUCAGAGGUACUCAAGAGCGCAACCCUCCUACAAAAGACUCUCCCAGAUCAGGGUUGAUAUUACAGCUAUUCUGCUGUGCGUGGAGCAUCUGAUGUGGAGUGUGUGUGACUCUGUGGAGGAGUUGCUAAGGCCUGAUGCAGCUCAUGGAUCUUGGAUGUGGUCCAUACACAGCCUGUGUAACCAGCUGCUGACUGUACUGAUCAUCCUUACAUCACCUCCAGCAGAGCUGCACAGGGUUUUUCAGGGAGGCUGCGGUGGAGGAAGCAACAGAACUCCAAAGUUUCCAGAGGGAGUGAACAGUCAUGAAACAAAGUGGCUGAGCGUAAUCAACCCAACACUGUUCACAGAGGAGCUGCUGAGGGAUUUUCCAGCUUGUGAGGGAUCCUCUUUAUGUCUGUUUGAGCUACUGGUGUCUGAACCCUGUUACAAUCCAGUUCUACUUCUGCAGACCAUCCUUCACAAGGACUGCUUACUGCUACAGAUCAUCAUUUCAUACUCAUGUCUCUGCAUGGACAGAGGAACAGAAGUGUCCCCUGAUAUUUACACUGCAACUGAAGAGUUUUUGGAAGCUGUUUUUUCUGUCCUGUCCUCCCUCAACUACCUCCCCAGGGUUUUAACUCGAGCGCUAGAGGGCUACCUGGACCAGAGACACCUUUGGGAGCACUUUUACAACUUAGCAGACUCCAGUAAAGAGGAGCCGACUUUGUUUAAAUGCAUCAGGUCCAUUGUUUGUGAAUCCACUACCAAACUUUUGAUCCACCUGGUCAGCAUGAUGCAGGCAUGCAAAGACCAGUCGGGACCCCUGGUUCGACAGCACAUACCAGAAAAUGUCCUAAGCAAAAUUCCAAAAGAGUGGAACUACAUUCCACAAGAUCCUAAGUUUAAUGAAACCAGCAAGAACAGCAUGAAUCAAGCUAUGCAAGCCCUCUCUUUCAUCUUCACCCACCUUCCGUCAACCAUAGCCUUCCUUCCACUGCCUGUGCGCUUCCUGUUCACCAUGGCAGAGAAGAGGCUUUCCCAGCAUGCCAGACAGCUGAGGUCUACCGGCCUGCUCCUCUGGGUCUUAUUGGGCAGCCUCUGUCAGGAUCUAGAAAAUGGAGCUCUUGUCUGGACAGCCCCUGGAGAGAGGGGCCAAGGAUAGGCUGAGUCUGCUAUCAGAAUGUCUGCAGGUCAGCCUAGGCCAGUAGAAGUGUGUUCCCAAGCCUCUGGUCCAUAAGGUGCUCCAGGGCCUGGAAGAGAAGUAGCCCAAAUGGGCCUCCAUGCAGCUGCAGAAGGCACGAAAGCUUUGCUG